AUGGACAUCAAUGGCGUUGUCGUUCGACGAAUCCUGGUAGACACCGGAAGCAGCGUCAAUGUGCUAUACCUAGAAACUUUCAUCAAAAUGGGAAUGACUCGAGAACAGCUGAGUCCUGUCAAAACUCCCCUCGCCGGUUUCACAGGGGACUCGGUGGAGGCGGAAGGAUCGAUCACACUUCCAGUUGAGGUCGGCAGUUACCCAGAUGUACAGAAACUCAGCAUGAAGUUCAUUGUGGUGAACCUGGCCUAUUCGCAUAACGCUAUACUCGGCCGACCGGGUCUCGAGGAUCUAGGAGCUCUGAUUUCGAUCGAGCAUCUUUGUUUAAAAUUCCGCACGCCAAACGGAAUAGGCACGGUGCGCUGUGACCGUAAUGUUGCCCGCGACUGCUAUCUACAGGCAUGCCAGGGGGAUGGGAAAACGCGAGAUACAGGUCCAUGA